CGGGCCGGCAGGGCGCCACGGCGCGGCCCGGCCCGGCCCGCUGCGGCCCGGCACGGCACAGCGCGCCUCGGCUCGCCACGGCCGCGCUCGGCCCGGCCCCGCGGGAGGGCGGCUGCGACCCGCCGCGGCCGGCGAUGGAAGAUGGAAGGAGGCGGCGGUGCGGCAGAAGCACUUGUGUGGGAUAAUGAUGUAUCGGCUCAUGCCCAGACUGUUGCUAAGGCCAAAUAUGAAUUUUUGUUUGGCUUGGAAGAAGAGAAGCCUUCAGAAGUGGGUAGUGGCCGCGGAAGCAGCACUUUGCUCCCUCAUACCAUCAUCAAUGAAUUUCCAGAGUAUGGCACUGUAGAGGCAAGCAGAGAUGGGCUGAGGGCAGAGCCUGUAACACGCAGCCCAGAAAGCCAGGACGGUCACCACCAGGUACUUGGCAGGCCCCUUCCGCAGUGUGUGGCUCCUGCAGAGGAUUCCAGACCUGAUGCUGGGGCAGCACAGCUGUGUGCCUCAGAAGAAGAUUUGCAACCUUCGGGUAACUUGCCAGAGAUGAUGAAAAUCUCUCGAUGGCUGGAAGCAACAAAGGUGCAAGAGAGAGCAAAUACUACCCUUGAUUUGGAGACGCAAAUGGAAAAACAGAGCGUUACUGGCAGCCAAAAUGUGCAGGCGGCCAGAGAACCAGUUCCAGCAGGCCAAGAAAAACCCUCAGACAUGCCUCCUCCAUCUGAAAGAACAGCUGAGGAAAAAAUGCAUUUGAUUGUAGAGAAAGAUCUGGCUGCAAUAUGGACUGGAGAAAAGCAGUCUGAGUCCUUGCAAGCCAUCAGUAAUAAAACUGAGGAGGUCCAUGCAGCGCAGGAGACAAGCUGUCAUAGACCAUCUGUAACAAACCUAGAAGCAGCCGGCAGAGUGGAAGGGUGGGCGCGUUUUGAGGAGUUUUCAGCGUACAGUCAAGGCAAAAUGCAAAUGGGUCCUGAGAGGAGGCUCUCCAAAGAGGCAGCUGUGAGCAAACAUGUAGAAUUUCAAGGGGUGGAGAUUUUAUGGCUGCAAAAAACUGAGGAGCAGAGAAGAAAGAAGCACUCGCUGCUGGAGACAGUGUCCGUGGAGAGGAAGGCUUUCCCCAAAACCUCCAUCCACCCUGUGCCACUGAUGGUCUCCCCAGGCUUGGUCUCCUCACCAGACAGUGCUUGGAGCGAGGUCUGUGAGGACGCACGGCCAGGACCCGCUGCCCUUGGAGCCGUUCCUCGAGCGAUGCUCAAUGACAGCGGGCAGGAUGAAGUUUUUGUGAAGGAUAAGAAGAACCGCGGUGAGGAGGAGAUGGCUGUGCUAGUGAGAGGCCAGGGCAGGAUGGUGGAGGAGGGGGAAGCAGCCACAGGAGGAUAUGAAGAUGUCCUUGGGCAGAGGCACUUCGAUGUCUCCACUGAUCUGUACAGCUCACAGUUUGAAAACAUCCUAGACAAUGCAUCUUUAUACUACAGCGCAGAGUCGCUGGAGACAUUGUAUUCGGAGCCUGAUAGCUACUUCAGCUUUGAGAUGCCACUCACUCCCAUGAUCCAGCAGCGCAUGAAGGAGGGUGGCCAGUUUCUAGAUCGGACCUCAGCCUUGGGACAACCAGAUGUCCUGCAGCUUCCCCCAGAUGGAGAGGUGACGGGCUGUGGUGGAGGUGUCGCCAAUGCCUUAAGGGAUGGAAGUGAAACACUCUUCAGAGGAGACAUCACGGAGAUCCCUCAUUUGGAAAGCAAUGCUGAACUGCAGAGUGUGGUUUUAGACUUCAGUGCUGCCAUGGGGAGCAAUGAACUUCAGGAGAAAGAUGCCACCGGAGCCCUUGGUCACGAUCUGAGCAAUGGCAGCAGCAGCAAUUUGGAAGCAGCCCAGCGCCUGGCUAAGCGCCUCUAUCGUCUGGACAGAUUCAAACGCUCUGAUGUGGCAAAGCAUUUGGGUAAAAACAAUGACUUCAGCAAGCUUGUGGCCGAAGAAUACCUUAAGUUUUUUGACUUCACAGGCAUGACGCUGGACUACUCGCUCAGGAGUUUCUUUAAAGCCUUUUCACUUAUCGGGGAAACUCAGGAACGAGAGAGGGUUUUAAUCCACUUCUCCAGCAGAUACUACCAGUGCAACCCAGAUACUAUUUCUUCUCAAGAUGGAGUUCACUGUCUCACAUGUGCCAUGAUGCUGCUGAACACCGACCUGCAUGGCCACAACAUUGGGAAAAAGAUGACCUGCCAGGAGUUCAUUGCUAACCUCCAGGGGAUGAACGAUGGCAAAGACUUCCCGAAAGGGCUGUUAAAGGCCCUCUACAAUUCAAUCAAGAAUGAGAAGCUGGAAUGGGCAGUGGAUGAAGAAGAAAAGAAAAAGUCUCACUCAGAUGGUACAGAUGAAAAGGAUAAUGUGAGCCAGACAAAGGCUGUCAGUCGAAUUGGCAACUCAAAUAACCCAUUCCUGGACAUCCCUCAUGACCCCAAUGCUAUUGUGUAUAAGACUGGCUUUCUGGCUCGGAAAAUCCAUGCAGAUAUGGAUGGAAAGAAAACUCCCCGGGGAAAGCGAGGCUGGAAAACCUUUUAUGCUGUACUAAAGGGAACGGUCCUGUACUUGCAGAAGGAUGAAUAUAAGCCAGAAAAGGCUUUGUCAGAGGAAGAUCUGAAGAAUGCAGUUAGUGUGCAUCAUGCACUGGCAUCCAAGGCAACAGACUAUGAGAAGAAACCCAAUGUCCUAAAGCUUAAAACAGCAGAUUGGAGGGUCCUGCUUUUCCAAGCCCAGAGCCAAGAAGAAAUGCAGACCUGGAUCAAUAAGAUCAACUGUGUGGCUGCCGUCUUCUCUGCACCACCAUUCCCAGCAGCAAUUGGCUCUCAGAAGAAGUUCAGUCGUCCGCUCCUGCCAGCCACCACAACAAAGCUAUCUCAGGAUGACCAGCUGAAGUCUCAUGAAACUAAGCUGAAACAGAUCUCCAAUGAGCUUGCUGAGCACCGUUCCUAUCCUCCUGACAAGAAGCUCAAAGGCAAGGAAGUAGAGGAUUACAAACUGAAGGACCACUAUCUGGAGUUUGAGAAAAAUCGCUAUGAGACUUACGUCAGUCUCCUGAAAGAAGGGGUGAAGGAUCUGCUGAGCGGAGGAGAGAAUGAUGCACCAGGACUGAAGAAAUCCCACUCGAGUCCCUCAUUGAACCAGGAGUCUCCAGUUAGUGCAAAGGUGAAACGCAACGUCUCAGAGAGGAAGGACCACAGGCCAGAAACACCCAGCAUUAAGCAGAAGGUCACUUAAGGUGGAAAUGAGAACUAGAGGAACAGCCAUGAAGCAAAGUACCGGUGUUCAAAAUUUUUCCAUUUAAUAACCUGUCAUCACAAAAAAAAAAAAAGUGCAUCUGCCUGAAUGGGGUGUUAGUGACAUUUUCUAUUGUAUAUUUUUGCUGUUUCUGUGCAGAUUGUGGGAGAUGUCUUUGCUCCUGCUUUGCUUUGUUAAUUUAUCAUUUAGCAGUUGAAGCAUCAGGACUUUCUUGUGUUGUUCUGUUUCUAAAGGAGCUUGGGAAGAGAUAGAGCGCUGUGGCGUAUAUUCUGUCUCUUCCCCAUUUAUCUCCUCCCAUCGGCACGUGGCUUUCAUCUCUCGAGUCACUUGUCACUUUAUUGACGUGGUGGGUGGGAAAAGUAACUGGACAAAUGCUGCAGUGCUGUGGAAGAGAGCUGUGCAAUCAGGCAGCUGCAGAAGGCUGGCUAGAGCUAGGGGUGCUGGGAACAAUGUGAAGCAUGUUGGUACUGGUACUUCGCAGCAGUAAAUAGUCACUGUUGCUUAUCAUUAUUGCAUUGGAUUGACCCUGGACCCACGAGCAUGAAGGAGUGAAACCUGGAAACCUCUGGCAAUGCUAGGAUGACAGCAUUUGAAUAAUUUGUUUGCUUUCUCACAAGCAAAGAGCCUUCUCCUGAGUUAGCAGACUGGGAGGUAUCCAGACCUGUGCUGUCUCUGUAGUCAGGGAGAUUAGGGACCUCUUGACCUCCCAGUCAGAAUGCCUACCUGGGCUUUAAGUUUAUUUGUGGAGGAGGCUGCUGUAAAUGUCAGCCAUUAGCAUUGUAUUUUAAAGACAAAAGGCCUCUGUGUAGUUUUUAACUAUACGCUCUCACUUAGCUGCUAUAUAGAGCCUUAUGAUGUAUUGUUCCCUGAUGUUCCCCCUUCCAGGAGUUUCCGUGUUGGUGUGCACAGAUAGGUGUUUGUAAUUUCUCUGCUAGUGACAGAGCCCUUUGCCUUUUCUCUUCAGUAAGGGAUUCUCCUCAGAUCUCUCUUUUUCUGCUUUAGCUCACCUAUAAGUGGAGGAGGCUGGUACAGACUGGAGAAGGGGACAGAUGUCCUCACUGUGGGCUGGGUUUUGAUGCCACACUGGUUACUCUGUGCCUGGAGGCCAGCACAAGGCAGCCUCAGCUUUGGCAGGUCUUACUCUUCACCCACCACAAGCCAGCUCACCUUGCAGCUUCUGUGUACCCUGUGCCAGGCUCUAAGAAGGGAGCGUAGGACAGGGAAUGGCCACCAUGCGUAAAGCUUUUCGUGGUUGAAAGCCUCCUGGUUUGUGCCACAGAUCGCUCAGGGCCAGCAGUUUUCAGGCACAGGGAGUAGAAAGAUGAUGUAGAAAUCAUCUUCCUGCUCUUGACCCUCUCGCCUGGGUGGCAUCGUGGCUCUGCAGAGAGCACUGGCUCACCUGAUACUUAACCCUGGGUUUUAACCUCAGGUUUGAAACUGGCCCACUGGGUGAGCUCAGACAGGUCUCUCCCAUUGUACAUCACCCUUCCGCUACAUGCAGUACAACCAAACUAGCCUUUCUUUCGUUUGCUGCCAGGCGCAACAAAACUGUGUUGUGCCUGGCACAGGACAGCCUUCCUGAUGGAUGUAAUUCUUAGCACAUAAAGAGGAGUCAAGAUCAAUGCAAGGAUUGGUCAGAAACUCACUGGUGUUUCCAGCCCGAGUAGUCAAAAGACCACACAUCAAAAAAAUUGCCACCACAGUGGGUUUGUGCCCUGCCAGACUUGCCAAAUGGUCCAAGUCAAUUAAUCUGUCUUAUUGAACUGCCAGUUCAGUGGGCAGGACAGGGAGUGAUCAAAGAGAGAAGGACCAUAACAGGCACCGCAUGACUUGCCUCCCUCACUGAGGACCACCAUUCAACAGCUUUUGCGGUGCUGUGCUCACUGUUGUCUGUAACAGAGAUGUUGCACUUUCAGAUGCUGAGGUGGUGAAGCAAAUCAAUCCUUGCAGUUGCUGCCCAGCAGAAAAAACAGAGGGACUGUUCCCAUGUGUGAUUGCUGGGACACAUCUGGUAUCUGCCACUGAUAGAAGUCAGGAGGCUGGCCCCUAACCCUGCUAAAACUGCAGAGUCCUGAAUAGAAACCAUCAGUACUUACCAAGGGCUGGGGUGUUAGCAAUCGUGCAUGCUUACUACAGUGGGGCAAAUGUGCAGUCCUCUUACUGAAGGAAAUGCCUUCUGCUGCUUGGAGCCAAAGUGAUGUGGUGCAGGAUGCUGUGUUAAGAGACUCAGGGUGGACAGGUGCAUGACAGUGCUCAUUGGGAGGCAUUGUUUGAAUUAAUCAAGUGUGGUAGAUCAACAGCUCUCCAAGGGGAACAAGGCCAGAUCCCUGCAUGCUCUAGUGGUUUGAAGCAAGCAGAAGAGUAGAAGAAAUUCAUUCAGAGACCGCUGAAUGCAUAUUUGAGAAGAAAACUUGUGCUGUUACAGAAAACAGUGUUAGUAAGCAUGCAGAAGAAACAAAAAAUAAAUCUGGAGGUUUGUAAAGGGGCCUUGGUUGGCUCUCAGGGUGGGGUUGUCCAGUUGAGGAUUUCAAAGACCGGUUGGACUAUGCCCGGCAAACCUCUUGUGAUUAUAGAAUGCAGUGCCUUAAAAGGCAAAGAGGUGACAUUUGACUUUUUUUUUUUUUUGCCCCUGCCUUUAAAAAUAUUCUUGUUGCUGUAGACUGCAGUUAAAUUGCGGAGCUCAAAAAGAAAUUAUGUGUGUAAAAUGCAUUGCCCAGCUUUGACACAGAAACAGGAUAAUUCCUCUCCAAAGUCAUUGCAAAGCAAAUGAUUUGAAACAAUAAGAAAAGUCAAAAGUGAACUGAAAAAAUGGUAAUUUUUUUUUUCUCCAUUAUUUAUUCUGUGUUUCCAUGUGCACGUAUAAAUGGAUUAGGGUGUAUUUUUUAAAGUCUCAUCUGGGCUUAGCAAAUGCAGUUCUUUCAGCGCGUGUCUUAGUCAUUAAACAUUUGAGCUUGGAACACUCUUGGUGAGACUGCUGAGGCAUGCAGAUUAAUUUACUGAGGAUUUUUCAGGUUCUGCUUAAGUUUUAAUUAAUGACAUUUUGCUCCAUUGCUUUGCAAAUUCUAGCCAUUGCAAGCACCCAUGUGAAAAUGCACAUGAAGUUGAGAGAAAAAGGUGAUCCUAUUGUGAAUGCCUAUGGCUUCUGGACUCCCUUGGGAAUAGGGUCAUCUGUUAGGCAGUAUGCAGAUGGUAUUUAACCAUCUUCUGGUUGAGGACAGGUUCUGAGGAGGUCUUAGUGGUGCAUCUUCUUGGGUGGCACUACUGAGGCUCUGGCCAGAUAGCUUUGCAUUGCUCUGCCUUUCUGCUGAAAUGUUCCUUUUAGCAGAGAUCAGAGCCUGACCGCAGUGGCUGUGGAGCUCCUCUUGCAAUGUGUAAGGAUACUCUGCUGGUUUCCAGCCCUCCUCUGGGACUCACCAUGCACCUGAACUUGGUAUCAGCAGCACAGCCUGCAGCUUUCUGGUGGUGCUCAGUGCGAACAGGAGUUACUGGCAGACCACCAUGAGCGUGUGAGUGUGCAAGCCAGUGUUUGCGUCAGUGAAGCAGGGAGGUUUCAUCCUUCCUUGUCAUCUUCGCUGCUGCAGCAUGCAAAUGUUGCUCAGGCAAAGCUUCUGUCUGCGUGCUCAGAGUGGGGGAUGCUGGGAAGGGAUCAGGAUGGGGCCAACGGCUUUUAGCAUCCUCCCUAUAAAGAUGCAGACAGAGGUCUUGGAGGACCCAUCCUGCUUGGAAGCACUUCUGGUUGUUCACCCUUCAGGGGCUGGACCAUCUCCUCACCUGGCUGAGGGAGGUGAGGCAGGAGAGAGCCUCACUGGGUCUGCACUUGGCAGUAGAGAGGUGAGGGAGAAGGAUAAAAUUGCCUUCCUCAUUCCCCAUGUGGUAACUGGAGGAGGUGAGAUACUCUCCUGAAGCCAAAACCACACUCUUCUCCAUGAGUCAGCAAGAUGCAGGGGUCUGGUGGAGAUGGUUUUUGUUCAGCAGGCUGCUAAAGAGGCUCUCUGGGCUGGCCGUGUGUUUGUGUGUGUCUUGCAGAUAAAUCACUCAUGGACCAGUGAACAUGACUACAGAUUUUAAAUCCAGUAUUUAUGUUGUGUCUUUAAUUGAUGUAGAGAGAUAAGUCAGCCAGCAGAGUGAUUAAUGCAGGGGAGCUGUGGGGGAAUGCUGUUCAGCUGUGACGCCAGCUCAGACAGUUUUUCAUCUGUAGCCAGCCACUUGUAAAUGGUUACCAGAAGCUUUCUCAGGGCUUGUAACGGCUCAUCCCUUAAGUGCUUUCCCUCUGAUCCCACCUGCUCCUAGGAUGCAGUCUGCCCACAUUCUGAGGCUCUCCUGGAGCCCUGCUUUGAGCAGGAGUGUGAACUAGCAGACCUCCAGAGACUGCAAUUGCUUGGUGAUUUUUUCACAGCCCUAGUGCCUUCCGGUAACAAGGCUUGUGGUUCUUCUGGCCUGAAAUAGUCAGCAUUUUUGUCUUUCUCUGGUGGGGGAGUGAGGUUCUUGGUUCAUUAGAGCAGCUUGUUUCAUGAGGAGGUGGAUGUGGCAGUGAAGAAAGUCAAAGGUGUCAGGGUAAAUCACUGGGCUUCUACAGGUACUGAAUGGCAAUAUUCUUCUGGAAAGUGGGGAAGGCUUUUCUCUGCAGACAGUAUACCACUUACUGUGUCUACAUUCUCCAUCACUAAUUCAAUUUUGGCCUUAUCACAGUUAGUCUGACAGCUCCUCCUCCUUUUCUGUAAAGCUGCUCCUGUCUGUCAUCUUAGCACCUCAGCUGCUUCUGUAUAACAGGUCUCUUUCCUUCCAUGCUUGCAGGAAUCCAGAAAAUUUGACUGUCCCAUCUUGCCUUGAGAAAACCUGCUCUGAAGCAGUGCUGCGUUGAAUGGAUAACCCUGUGAACAGCUUUCUCAUUCUACUCCUUGGUAGCCUGGUUUCCAGCCACAGUUAUAGCUGGGAGGUGUGAGACAGAGUUUCAGACUGCUGUAAUCCUCUAGCGUUAGCUGCAGGGAUACAAGGUCCCCCUCCCACACUCAGACCAGACACUUGAGACAUUCCUGGUCUCCUUUCCGAAAGUCUUGGAGGCAGAGGCAACCCAUGCUGUGGGGAAAGUUUGAAAUGCUGUUUUGCAAGGAAUUGGGAACUUUGCAAAUCAGGACAUACAUCUUCCAGCCUUUGAAAGUGGGGAAGAAAAGAAAAAUAAUUAAAAGAAAGGCCAUUUUCAACCAGUGUCCCUCAAGCACAGAGGUAUCCAGGUUAUCAGAAUCACCAUCUGCUGUUGCAGAGGCAAAGGCAGUAUAUACACUUUAUCUCCAGCAAUCUUACAGCUUGCUGCUGGUUUAAACUUUCCCUGGUAUUGCUCUCCCCAGGCUCUGGGAUGUCACAUCUGCUCUGAAGAGGGCAGUUAUGAAGUCCUCGUUUCUCCCCAGAGCACAGCCAGAGCUCCUCAGCGUGUGCCCCCAGGCUCCAUUCACUAGGCUGCCUGGGGGGCUGUAUCAGAAAUUUCUUUGAAAGAGCUGAUCUGUGCUCUUCAGAGGGUAUUUUUAGUGCAUACAGAAGCAGUGUGCCUGGCAUCUCCCCUCUCCCAGAGGUCUCCCAGCAGCACAGGUGUAGCCUAGCGAGCUGCUUCACCUGCAGCUUCUCCAUGUGGGACAUGAACAUUUGCUGCAGCUGCAAGAGGCUUUGUCAGCCUCUGUAGAAAUGAUGUUGCCUAAGCUGAGCACCAGUGCGUAGGACAGUGAUACUGUAGGAAUACCAGUGGCUGGUCACCUGCUGGAGAAUGUGUGUUUGAGCAUUGCCUUCAGUGCUGGGGGUAAUUAGAAAGGCUGGCUUCCUUUCCCACCUGCACUGUGCUGCUUGAGGAACUGUCCCUACCACCUGCUGCUUUUCUCCCUUGUGACAGCAGCACCCUCAACCAGGGGUGCUACAGUCGUGUUAUGAGGAGGCUGGUUUAAAUGGGAGCAAGGAGGACAGGUCCCAGUGAAAUAUGUCUGCGUGCCAUCUGGGAGUAUCUGCUCUCCUGUUGGCAACAGUGAAAGGAGGCAGGCUCAGCCCUGCCUGAGAGAAUGUACCAUGCCCAUCCACUUUGUUAGCUCUGUUGAGGCUCCUUUUUAUUUAUUAGAGCAUUUCCCUUAGCGAGUGGGAGCAACAGCUUUCCCAGGAGCCGCACCAUUGACCUGACUUUGUUCCCAUGGUCAGGAGGAGCAAAUUUAGGCCAGCCCAAAGUGUACUUUGUCCUCCCAUUUGAACAAUGAGCAGUCAUUAAACAUUACAAAUGUUUAAACAAUGGGGGACCUCCCAUGGCAUCUGCUAUUAAAUCUGUGCCAGGGAUCAGCUGGGGUACUGGCCAGAAGUUUAUUUGGACCAAGGAAAAGUACAUCACUUAGCAAUGAAAAGAUCGAAAUUGCUAAGACUACAAGGGCAGGAUUUUUCCCCUGACAUAAACCAUUGUAAUUAGUAGCCGCUCUAUAGCAGUGGUCUUGGACGUAAUUCACCUAAAUAAGACCAGUGCAAGAGGGUAUUUUUGUGUAAGCAGGCCAGGUUUCAGCUUCACUGCUGUUUCCAAGCUGCCAUGGAGACUUGCUUGAUGCAAAAUCUUCUGACACCCCUGAGCCUCUUGCUGGAAUAAGGGAGGUCAAUGAUAUCCAGUCUGUGACACUGCACAAGGCAAACUCUUAUCAGUGAUUCAAGUCUUAUGUCACUUAUGUGCUUAUGGAAACCUCAUGCUCAGUGCUUUCAAAUUCCGAAAGACUGCAGGAGAAGAAGACGUGUGGGUUGUGUGGGGAUUUUUGUUAUUUUCUUUUUUUGUUUGUUUGCUUUUGUUUUUUUGUUUUGGAAUUUGUAUUCAUUAGAACUGUGUCCUCUUACUCAAGGCUGGGAUUAUAACUUGGCUUAAAGAACAGAGUUUCUGACAGUUUGAAAACUUUAAGAUCACUACUGUUUGCGUGAGGUACAAUCGGAGGCUUUUACAUUACUUGGUGAACAUGUUACAGUGGUGCCUAUAGAUGUGUGUAUGUAUUUCAUAGGUAUAGUAUGGCUUCUGUGGCUCAGCACUCUAAAGCCUGCUGUCGUUCUUUUCUGGGGCUUGUUUUGGUCAACGCACUUAAGCAGCUGCAAACUUUGUUAGGUUAUUUGUUGUUGUAGUUCUGAAAUUAGGUUAAACAGUCAUCAGAGCUUUUGCAGAUUUAGGGUAUUCCUUGAGCUGCCUUGAUCUCCAUGUGUUGUCCACCAGGGGCUGCCUGUUGUCCUGUGUGUCAAAAGCAAAGGCUUAUAUUUAGGAGAGUCUAAGCAAGGACUACUGGGUGGGAUUUUCUGCUAUAUCUUAACAUCAGGCUAACUCUUUCCCUGUUGAUGUUGGCUGAUGCCUGCACCAGGAGCAUCCAUGCUGACUUCUGAAAGUCUCGCUCUCGGGAUCUAACACACAGCUUUACUCCUGAAAAUGUUCACCUCACUCUGGAAAUUCAGCAAGGGGACAUCAUGUCCAAAAAACGUCCAAGCAGGACAGGUGCCUGUGAUGUCUCCUGCAGAUACGAUCAUACAGUGGUAGUGAGAGUUUGUUUCUGCAACUGUACAGAUUUCCAGAAGAGUGUCUGGCUCAUCAGCAGGAAAAAGAAAAGCUGCAGACCUGAAAUAUUUCUCUUGGGCAUCUUGUAUGCCUUUGAGAGGUUUCUCUUUGAAGGUUUAAGCAACCUUUUAACAGGUUGCUGGUCUAAGUAAAAAGACAUGAGGAAACCCAGUUUUCCUAUUGCACUCUAGUGAGGGCAAUAUUAGGAUUGCUUCCCUGGAAAGGAAAGCAAAGCCUGUGGGUGGAAUUCCUACCUGGAGUUACCUUGUGCAAGUUACCUUGAAUCAGUUAAGCAACCUCAGUGAAGCCAUUGCCUUUGUACUUCACUGGAUGGUAGCCAGAGUGAUUGUGUCUUGCAGGAGUGAGACAUGAGUAGACUGCAGCUCAAGAUGAAAUGAAGAGCCACGUCCCUAUCACCUUGCUUUGGGCGAGCUGUGAUCCUGUAAUCCUUUUUCAGGCACUGAGCUUGUCCAUGGGGUUACCUGCCUCCUAUGGUGAUGUAGUGGGAAGAUGAGGGUAAGACCAUCACACUCAGAGUCACAGUUGGGAAAAUGUCAUUUUCCCUCUGCCUGAGCUGUUGCUGUGUUGCUUCCUUUAGGACAAGAAAGAGGACUGAAUUUUCAGUUAUAGCUGUGUGGUACUCAUAUGGAAGACUAACUGUAGUAGUGGUAGUGCAGAAAAACAUUUUGCACUUGUGUUUGCCCACACCCUGUGCAUCUCUUGUGUGCAGAUCUUACAGGGCCUGACAGCAGCCCUUGCAAAAUCUUUCCUUGGUGUGACCUCCUAUCCCUUUAGUCAAGUGUAGGAACCUACUUUCUGGUAACCUUGAACUCACUUUACUCUCAUCACUGACUCGCUGGAGUGUUUUUCAUACAACACACUAGAGACGCAGUCCCGGUCUCUCUUCUUUGUGGUAACUUCUUGGUCUGCUGUAAAGCAGCAUUGAGGUAAUCACAAAAUCUUUUCCAGCAGUGUGAAACUUGCUGUUCUGACUCCUGAGGUGGUCAUUGUCUUGGGUUUGAGGCUGUCCUACCACCAGGGCACCCCAUUUUGUUCCUGGGAAUAUGCAUGGCCAGAAAAGCAUACUCCUCAGGGGUCAGAGUCAGAGCUGUGCAGACUUAGUCAAGCCCUGGUUCAUAGGAGAUGUUUCCACGUGCUGCUGAUGUCCAUAAGGACUUAAACAUAUACUGGCUUACACAGAGAUGCUUUCCUGAAGCAGACUUGUCACUCUUUUUCUACAGGUAUCAUAGGAUGCCCUCCCUUAUUCUGCUUCAUGUAACUGGUACUAGAAUGAUCAUUUCCUGAUAAAUGAAGGCACUUAAUCAGUCCUUUUCCCCUUGGAAGAGGACUUUUGGGGAUAUUGUUAUAUCAUUUAAAAUAAUAUUUUGGAAUUUAAGUUUACAUUGCUUUAUUUUUCACUUGAGGUGACUGUAUAUAAAUAUUUUCCUCUAUUUUAUCAUUGCUGAUAAAGUAAGCCUACGGUAUACAGACAAAUAAUUCGCCUUUGAUGUAUUGAAACUGUGAGAUAUAAAGUAGACUUCUCUCUUGUGUCCAUGUUUCUGACUAUAACUCUGUUCCUCUGUGUUUUUAUAAGUUGGAAUAAAUGUUGCUUACGGGCAACAGAGAGCCUACAAGCUUACCAAUAAUUUUUAUGUAAUUGAAAUCAAGCAACCCUAGUGAAGGAUCUCACAUAUGUAUAAUGAUAUAUGUAUAUGUACAAACUUUAGAAAGAAAUAAACCAAAUGUAUUUCAUCUUCUGCAA